AUGGCGUGGGCGUACAACACGCAGGAGGGCACACCAAACAAUGGGUCCAUGAUAGCCUCCAUUGCUUUGGCGGUAACAGCAUUGUCUCUCGUCGCGCUAUGUCUACGGCUCUAUGUCCGGACGAGGAUCGCAAAGGCCGUCGGUUUAGACGACUGGCUGAUCAUCGCUGGCUGGAUUGGAGCUUGCGGGUACGCAUCCGCAAUUGUUGUCCAGACGAAAUGGGGUCUUGGACUUACUUCACUCAACGACAUGCCUGAUAAAAACGUAGUUAACUUUGGCUUUACACAAUAUGUCGGAGCACCAUUCUAUGUCCUUGGUAUCUGGGGUUUUAAAACCAGCCUACUCGUAUCCUACGUCCGCCUGGUACCUGGCACAUAUCGAUUAGUGCCCAUUUCGCUGGCUGUGAUUGUUACUUUGGCACAUAUCGCCUUUCUGCUCGUUUUCUUGCUUCUGUGCAUUCCAGUUCGAAAACAAUGGAUACCCACCACGCCAGGUCACUGUGGCCAGGCGGUCCCCUUUUAUAUCACGUUUUCAUCCCUCACAAUUAUCUUUGACGUGAUCACGCUCGUCCUCCCUUUCCCUGUCCUCAUCAAGCUCCAGAUGAAGCGUCGUCGAAAAAUCGCCCUGCUGUGCCUCUUUGCCCUAGGCAUCUUCGUCACCAUCGUCCAAAUCAUCCGCAUCCAAACCAUCGCUAGCCUCGUCAACUACCUCGACUCAGCCGAGGCCAUCAAGUGGUCCAUCGUCGAAACCAACGUGGGCAUCAUCAUCGCCUGCGUGCCCACGCUCGCGCCCCUCGUCACAUACUUCGCAGAGAAGACACGCAGCGGCGGUAGCAGCAAUACACCGGUUCGGCCUGGCGGAGAUGGCGGCUUCGCGCUGCAGUCGUGGAGGGUGACGAAGAAUGGGAUGAGACCCCUGGGCAGCGGCGUUGAUAGGGAGAAUGAAGGCGAGAAGAGCACGGAGAAUAUAUUACAGGGGCCUGUAGCCUCAGUGAGCGAGGCGAGCGAGGCGAGCGACGGGGCUAGAUCCCAUGAGCAGGCUGCUUCUUCUGCGAGGAGACAUGUCGACUGA